UGCAACAGGGACCCAAUGAGCGAGUGUGUGAGCAGAGUCCGACACAGUGAAGCUGCGCCGCCGCCGCCGCCGCCGCCAGUGAACGCAGCAACAUGGCGACGUUCAGUAAAUAUGUAACUGCUAAAAACUCGUCCAUAGCAGGCGGCGCGUUGCUGCUCUUCUACCUUCUCAAACGCAGACGACGCACGAGCAGACAGGGCAGUCGAAAAGGAGGAUCAGAUGUUGUACUGAACACUGAGAAAGAUGGCAAGAAAGAUCGUGCAGCAGUGGACAAAGUUUUCUUCCUCAGAAUCCUCAAGAUUCUACGGAUCCUGAUACCUCGGUUUUUUUGCAAGGAGACAGGAUACCUUAUCCUUAUCGCUGCAAUGCUGGUGACCAGGACCUACUGUGACGUAUGGAUGAUCCAGAACGGCACCAUGAUUGAAAGUGCAAUUAUUGGUCGCUCGAAAAAAGAUUUCAAGAUCUUCUUGUUCAGCUUUAUGAAAUUCAUGCCAGUUAUUGCCUUAGUGAACAACUUCCUGAAGUUGGGCUUAAAUGAGCUCAGACUGAGGUUCCGUGAGAGGCUCACAAAGAACUUGUAUGACCAGUACCUACAAGGUUACACCUACUACAAAAUGGGAAACCUGGAUAACCGGAUAGCCAAUGCAGACCAACUACUGACACAAGACGUGGAGAGAUUCUGCAACAGUGUGGUGGAUCUUUAUUCCAAUCUCAGCAAGCCUCUUCUGGACAUCGGUCUUUACAUCUUCAAGCUGACAAGUGCCAUUGGUGCUCAGGGCCCAGCCGUCAUGAUGGCCUACCUGCUGAUCUCAGGUCUGUUCCUGACCAGACUGAGGAGGCCGAUCGGCAAAAUGACGGUCACUGAGCAGCGCUACGAGGGAGAGUACCGCUACGUCAACUCCCGCCUCAUCACCAACAGUGAAGAGAUUGCCUUCUACAAUGGAAACCUGAGGGAAAAACAGACCAUCCACACCACUUUCAAAAAACUGGUGGACCAUUUACACAACUUCAUCUUCUUCAGAUUCUCUAUGGGAUUUGUGGACAGCAUGAUUGCCAAGUACUUUGCCACGGUUGUGGGCUACCUGGUGGUCAGCCGGCCUUUCCUCGACCUGGCCCACCCGCGACACCUGCACAGUACACAGUCUGAGCUGCUGGAGGACUACUACCAGAGUGGGAGGAUGCUCCUGAGAAUGUCUCAGGCCCUGGGCAGGAUUGUACUAGCUGGCCGAGAGAUGACCCGCUUGUCAGGAUUCACAGCUCGUAUUACUGAACUUAUGAAAGUCCUGAAAGAGCUGAAUGUCGGCAAAUAUGAACGCACCAUGGUGUCCCAGCAGGAGAGAGAAUCAGACGGUGCAGAGAAAGUCGUGCUGGUGCCAGGAAGUGGUCAAAUAAUCAAUAGAGACAAUAUCAUAAAAUUUGACCACACCCCACUAGCAACACCCAAUGGAGAUGUCCUUAUAAGAGACCUCACAUUUGAGGUGAGAUCAGGCACCAACGUUCUCGUGUGUGGACCAAACGGCUGUGGGAAGAGCUCUCUGUUCAGAGUGCUUGGAGAGCUGUGGCCUCUGUUUGGGGGACACCUGACCAAACCUGAGCGAGGGAAACUCUUCUAUGUUCCACAGAGACCCUACAUGACUCUGGGUUCUCUGCGGGACCAAGUCAUUUACCCUGAUACCUAUGAAGAUCAGAGGAAGAAAGGCAUCUCUGACCAGGUGUUGAAGGAGUACCUUGACAAUGUCCAACUGGGACACAUCUUAGACAGGGAAGGCAGCUGGGACUCAGUCCAGGACUGGAUGGACGUCCUCAGUGGAGGAGAGAAGCAGAGGAUGGCUAUGGCCAGACUCUUCUACCAUAAGCCCCAGUUUGCCAUCCUGGAUGAGUGCACCAGUGCAGUGAGUGUGGAUGUGGAGGAUUAUAUCUACGGCCACUGCAGGACGGUGGGCAUCACAUUGUUCACAGUGUCUCAUAGAAAGUCUCUGUGGAAGCACCAUGAGUAUUAUCUCCACAUGGACGGGAGAGGAAACUACGAGUUCAGACCCAUCACAGAGGAGACGGUGGAGUUUGGCUCGUAACCGCUGACGUUCACCACACUGCACUGCUCGUACAAAACUGGUCCAUUAAUUUUUUUGCACUCAAUAUAGAAGUUAGAAGUUAGAACUAAAACAUACUGUUUUUAGUGUUUUGUAACCCGUCAGCCUUGUUCAUUUUAAUUUAUCGCAUCAUUUUGACUCAAUUUGUUCCAUUUGAUUAUAAAACAUCUGUUUAUGUUGUGUUUUACAAACACUUUUACUUAACUCUGCAACACUGUUAACAAAUAAUGGUUGUUCUGGAGAAAGAAGUGACUUAGCACAGUGGUGUCAUGUGCUAAACUGUGUUCGCCACAGAAAAUGAAUGAAGUACAGAUGCGUAGCUGCCAGGAGCUGAGAGCGGCCUGGUCUGCAUAUCAUUAUCACAGACACGCCCCCUGCACCAAGAACCGGCCUGAGACUCGCUCACGGAAAACAAACCUCAUCUUGUCAGUGUGUGAUAUUUUAAGAAUAUGUUCACUGUUGGAAACUGAAGAUUGUGUCUCUGUGUAAUCUGGUAAUCUGAUAACUGGUCUUAACUAGUCUUAACUGGUUCUUGGGACGGGGAGCACUCACGGUGCUCAGUGCUCACCUCAUGUACCACAUUUGUAAGAUCUGAACAAUCACUUUAAAAUAGUCAGAAAUUCUCUAUAACCGUGUCUAACAAUCUAUUUUAACUUCUCACUUAUUAUCAUGAAAUUGCAUAAUCUAGAUAUUUCAAGAGGAAUUAUGGUUUUCGUCUUGAUUACAUUUUUACUUUGUCUUGUGGUUGAAGAUCGAGUUGACAUGGAAGUCGUAAUAUCCAGGAAACAAGUUUGAUAUCUCUAGAAAUAAAUCUAAAGAGACGAGACCUUCCUCAGAUCACAGCACAUGAUUAUGCAGUGAUCAGAUGAUUAAAAACAAACAACAAUGCCGUUGGCUCCUGUAGUUCUCUGCAGACAAAUCAGAAAACUGAGUCUGUCAAACUGUGACUUGAGCAUGUCGGUGUCUCUUGACUGAACUGGUGUGAGGAAGAAGCAGCAGGGAUGAACUCCCGCCACACUGUAUGUUAAACGUUGUUGAUGUGAUGAAUGCAUUAAAGUGAUAGAUCAAAUUUUACGACGUGUGGUUAUGAAGUCACCCCGCUGCCAUCCCUCAGCUCUCACUGACAUGUGGCGGCGGCUGCUGCUGCUGCUGCUGCUGCUGCUGAAACCAAAGCUCAUUUACAGCCGGUGAUUUUCUGAGGGGAAAUUGUCAUGAUGUAGUUUAUGAAGACCAACCUGAAAACCACUAGGGCAGAAACCCAUCCUAUUACCCAUGAUGCCCUGGUUCCAUCGCAAUCUGCUGCCAAACAAAGAAAAAUGCCCUUAACGUGUUUUUUUUGUAAGAAAAUAAUGGAAAAUGUAUCUUCUUAUAAUCCCUCUGUUGAUUCAUUCCACUGUUUCUUGGGUGAUGGGAGUUGAUAAUGGUGAUAAGUGAUCUGUCAUGAACUCUAUGAAGCUGAGGAUUAUUGGUUCUGAAGUGCAAUAAUGAUGCGUUCUGUCGGUACAUUACUGAGACGUCGUCGACCCGUCAGUCGUGACUCUGGAAAAUACAGAGAAGAAACCUUAACUGUAGCCAUUGUUUUAUAUGAACAGUAACACUUUUGUGAUGACUUCAAAAAUAAAAGGGUUUGUGUGAGUGUGAGAUAAAGAUAAAA